AUGUCCCAGCUUGCGAUCGCCCUCGAGUUCCGGCCCGUGCCAGCCGAGCACGUGGAUAAGGCGUUCGAGCUCGAAAGCGCCGGCUUCCCAGCGGACGAAGCCGCCUCGUUGGAGACGCUGCGGUAAGUCGAAGCUUUCCAUUACCCGCCCAGGUCAACUCCUUCCAUUGUAGUCUGAUCCUUGCUCGUUUCACCUCUGAUGAUCAAGGUACCGUCAGAGCGUGGCUGGGCCCUUGUUCUUUGGUGCCUACGCCCUCGAUGGCGAGCUCGUGGGCUUUGCGUGUGCCACCCUUACACCUCUCGACACGUUGACACACGAAUCCAUGUCCAAACAUGUCGCAAACGCGCCUUAUGUAGCCAUCCAUUCGGUGUGCGUUUCAACCCGGCACCGUCGUCAAGGCAUCGCCCGUUCCCUCUUGGAGGCCUACGUCGCCCGUCUUUCCCGCUCGUACGGGAUCCGAGGCGCGAGAUUGAUCACGCACAACCACCUGAUCCCCCUCUAUCGUCAGGCCGGAUUUGAACUCAUCGGCGAAUCGUCGGUCGUGCACGGAAGGGAGAAGUGGUUCGAGAUGAGGAUCGAUUUCAGUCAACACCCCAAUGCCGAGCAGCGCAGCGAGCCGGCCCACUCGGAAGACGAGACCUCGAUUCGAAACCCGGGCACAAAGUUUAUUUCGUUAGGACCGACACCGCUCGCACAACUUGUCGAUACCACCACGCAGAUGAACAGCACCGAUUUGUACUGCCCGAGAGCAGACUGUCGAUGUCUGCUGGUUAAACGAGGCACGGCGAGAUUUGUUCAAUCAAGGCCAGACGACCUUGAGGUGGGCAGAUGCGGCUAAGUAUCACACUAGACUCAGGGGCUCAAUACUGACCCGGUUCUGCGCUGCAUAUAGUUACCAUCCCUGCCUCUAGCGAUCAAUGGCCUUCCCAGCAGAGCUACAACCGCAAAGUCUUGCGGAUUUUGGUCCCUCGGCUCGCCUCUCGCGUUCGAAAAUAUUGGCUUUUCACGAAAUGCUCCGCCACCGCGGCCGUUGCCAGGGUCCACGACUUCAACUCUGACAGAAACACAAUCGAUAGCUAUUGCAGCUAUCAAAUACCUCAUUUGCGCCGAUUGCGAUCUCGGCCCACUAGGCUGGCACGAUACGGAGGGUCGAGAUCUCGGCGUCGAGGUCGCACAGGAAAAUGAGGGUCAGACCGGCAACGUCCGUAGCGGACGCGAGUUCUUGCUUGCAGUAGACAGACUACGAUACCGUAUCGUAGAUGAAUGA